AUGGCCUUCCAACUAUCUGUUUCUGGUCUUUCGGGCAAAGCAUACAACGCCGCACAAGCAUCGAUGAAGUCCGUCCUCGACGUCGCAGAGAACUUUGAGAAGCAGCUUGGUGGAACUCUUGCAAGGGCACACGACAGGCUCGGCAGUAGCAGCAGUGUGGAUUCUGAGGAGCGAGAGUCACCGAACAGACAAAAGCGAGGAGAAGAGAGACAAGUGUUCAAAGUCGCGAAGCUAGGAGCAAAGAGAUACGACGACGUGUUACCGAGAAAACAGCAGGAACUGAAUGAACAGACGAGGAAGAGACUCGCGCAAGAGCGAAAGGGAAGAGAAAGGGCAAGACGAGAUCCGAGCGAAGACGAAGACUCAUCCGCCCAUUCCUCUUCGCGUUCAUCUUCAACCACUACCUCCGACAUCGCAACAGAAAUAGCCAGUGACACCGACGACGAAGCCAAAUACCCGCCAAUCAAGCAGCUUUCCGUAUCGAGUACGACCUCGAUCUACGACUCGCUCCGCGCAUCGACAACGGAUUCUGGUGAAACUAGCUCGGAAGGCGAAGAAAGCGAUGUGAUUGAACGCCGCGAGAAGAAUGCACUACGCCGGCAGAAAGCGAGGCAGAAGAAGCGGAAUACGUGGAAGAGGGAAGAGCUAGAGUCGGAGAGCGAUGCAGACACGGAAGUGAAUAUUGUUGAGAAGAUGGAAGAAGAGAAGAUGCCUGUGUUUACGGAAAGUGACUGUGAGAGGGAAAUCACGGUAGAUUUCUGUCCGAUAGCAUGGUGA